CCAGAGAACGAAAGGCAACUUCAACGAAGAAUCCUCUCUUGAUAUGACUUCUCUGAAAUCGUCUACGGUAGGAUCGACACCCGGUACCGUAUUUUCAAAAUCGUGGGGGGAGAUUUCAGUAAAGUCACUGCCCCCAAGUAUGUUGAUUGACGUUACUCAAUGGCUCCUCCCUGAAAUAUUUUUUUCUUCGUUUUCCAGUGUAGUGCGUUGAUUUCAUACCAAAGUCAUACCUAACAUUCCACUUACACUGUCAAACCAGGAUAAAUAUUAUUGAAAACGAUAAUGCGCCCCAAAAUUAAGUAUCAAAAUGAGUAAAUUACCUUCGCUUUUGUCAGGAGGGGUGACUACCAAAUAAAAGCUGCUUGGACCUGGACCACUUUCCUCUAAACUUGUUCUCCAGAAGAAUCAAGUGGUUAUAUACCCAAGAAUUGACAGACAGUGAAAGGCAAAUUGGAGGAAUACAUAACUCGACAUUUUACGCGCUGUUUUGCUGCACCCCAUAGAUCCUCUGACUGUGGGGCUCGGGGUCGGGCCCAGGGUGAGCCGCCACCAUUGCUUCCAACGAGUGGAGUGCCAACGGUAGCCCGGGGGAUGGGCUGGACGAGGGGAACGAUGAGCUGGACAAGGCCAUGGACGGGGACGCCGAGGGGGUGUGGAGCCCAGACAUAGAGCAGAGCUUCCAGGAGGCCCUGGCCAUACCCCCCUGUGGACGGAGGAAAAUCAUCCUCUCAGACGAAGGCAAGAUGUACGGUCGCAAUGAGUUGAUAGCCAGGUACAUCAAGCUGAGGACAGGCAAAACCCGCACAAGAAAGCAGGUUUCUAGCCAUUUGCAAGUUCUCGCCCGGAGAAAAUCUCGCGAGAUCCAGUCAAAGCUGAAGGCCAUGAAUUUGGACCAGGCGUCUAAAGACAAGGCCCUCCAGAACAUGGCAGCACUGUCGUCUGCUCAGAUUGUGUCACCGAGCCUGAUCAAGAGCCAGCUACCCCCGCUGCCCCAUUCACCCUACCCCCCGCAAGCCAGGUUUUGGCCAGGCCCUAUCCCAGGACAACCUGGCCCCUCUCAGGAUAUCAAACCUUUUGCACAGUCCCCAUACCCAAACCUACCAGGCCCUGCUCCCCCACCUAUAUCAACCUAUGAACCCUUGGCACCCCCCCUCCCCCCGGCUGCUACGGCAGUACCCGUGUGGCAGGACCGGACCAUCGCCUCCUCCAAGCUGCGGAUGCUAGAGUACUCUGCCUUUAUGGAGGUGCAGAGGGACCCGGACAACUACAGCAAACACCUGUUUGUCCACAUUGGUCAGACCAACCCUUCCUACAGCGACCCUCUACUGGAGGCAGUGGACAUCAGGCAGAUCUACGACAAGUUCCCAGAGAAGAAAGGCGGACUCAAAGAGCUUUAUGAGAAAGGCCCCCAGAAUGCCUUUUUCCUAGUCAAAUUUUGGGCGGAUCUUAACAGCAGUGGCAUGCAGGACGGCCCAGGCUCCUUCUAUGGAGUCAGUAGCCAGUACAGCAGCUCUGAGAACAUGACCAUCACCGUCUCCACCAAAGUCUGCUCCUUCGGCAAACAGGUGGUCGAGAAAGUAGAGACGGAGUACGCCCGAAUGGAAGGAGGGAAGUGUGUCUACAGAAUCCACCGCUCUCCCAUGUGCGAGUACAUGAUCAACUUUAUCCACAAGCUCAAACACCUGCCAGAAAAAUACAUGAUGAAUAGUGUUCUGGAAAACUUUACCAUCCUUCAGGUGGUGACAAACCGUGAUACUCAGGAGACCUUGCUGUGUAUAGCGUUUGUGUUUGAGGUCUCAACGAGUGAACACGGGGCACAGUACCACGUCUACAGGCUUGUCAAAGACUGACCCACCCACCGUUCUGCAGGGAGGUUUGGGAAUCGGCUUCCAAAGUACUGCGUGACACAAUCUGUACAGUACACACAGACUGCUCAACUGCCAAGAAACAUUUAAAAACGAUGUUAGAAUGAACUGACAUGAACAGAUUUUAUACUUCCACACAUGUUUUGGUAAAAUAGGAAAAAGGAUGAAGUCUCAGACAGGAACGGCAACUUAUUAACCAUAUAUUUAAAAUGUGCUAAGACAAAGUGGGUCAUAUUGGUAAUGACAAUAAAUGUACAGUAGCUUGAGAUGUUUUCACUGAGGGAAUGAGAAGGUGUCCAAGGUUAAGAGAGUUGUCUCCAAGGGAACACACUCUAAGCAAUAUGGGAAUAAGUGUAUAGAUUAGAACGGUACAGCUACAAGGACCAUCGAAGAAGAGCAAACCCAAAAUAAUCAAAGUAGAACUUUCCUACCGAGUGGUGUUGAUAAAUUAGAUAGCCAAGAGCCUUUCUCCAAAGACAAGUAUUGAUUGAUUGCCAGCCUCUCUGGAAUGCCUUAUUUACUACCUCUGGUCUUUAAAUAAAACAGAAAGAAACCAGACAGAUAUAAAAUGCAUAAAUGAAUUGGAAACUGAACAUUACUAUGCAGCUCACCCUUAUCUAGAUCCUCGAAGCACACUUCUUAUCCAGGCACAUUGUGUGACGGACAGAGAUGGAUGAAACUCUUAUUCGUUUUCAAUUGAUGCGUUGUCAUGAAUGGUUACACGUUUGGCUGCAGUCCACAUGUACAGUAAGGGGAUAGCGCGAUCAGAUCAUUCAGUUUCGAAACCCUUGGCUUAUUGGGUCUAGACAACAACACAUUUGUGCUGUGGUGCACUUAAAAUAUCAAGAAAGGGUGAAGCAACAAAUAUGUUUAUUUUCUGCCUUUAGUUAUGAUAUUGAAAUUAACUGUUUCUGUACUGUGAGUCAGUGGAUGCUACAGGAAUAUGUGUUACAUAGGAGUAUUUUUGGGACGUGUUUAUAUUUGUGAUUGACUUUAACUCGGCACAGAGACUAUAGCUGUUCUCUUAGAGUGGAGGGGAUUCAACACUGUUUUCUUAAAAACAUGGCUUGAGAAUUCUUCCGAUUAGAACUUGCCAAAUUGUAACUGACCAAAUGUACGGGUGAGUUCAACUAAUGUAAGAACUUCAGGUUCUCUUAUCUAAUCUCCCCAUUUGAGCAAUCCCAAUUGAUGGAUUUCACAUUUAGUCUGAUUGUAAAGCCUACAUGAUGUAAGAGAAGUUUAUCUUUUGUAAUGUAACCAAUAAAAACAAAAGCUCUCUCUUAUCAUGAGUUUAUCAACAAAUUCUACUCUUAAAUUUGUCAAUGCCAUCAGCCAAUGAAAAACAGCUUUUAUGUUUCUAAAAAUACCUAUCCUCUCUGUGCUGUGGUGUGUGACCAUUGAUUGUUAUUUAUAUUGAAACAAAUGGUGGGAGGGCUGGGCUGGGCUAUGGGCCAUGUGUUUAUCUUUUGCCAUGGCAAUGGAGGUGUUACAAGUAUUGCUGAGCUAAACUUUAUACUAAAGACAAGAUAAAUGUCAUCCCAUGGAUCUAGAUAGGGGAAAGUCUCUGCCUUGGAUGGUUCACUGGGCUUCUGUCAGAAGAAUUCAUACAUCAGACUUUGUAUGGUGGAUUUAGUACACCAGGAUUUGAAUGUCAUACUUCAAAAGCUAGACUUAAAACAACUGCUUAAUCUUUACUAGCAGAUGUCUCAAUUGUACCUUUUUUUUACAGGCCCCUUUUUUUAAAUUAUCAUAAUUCAUAUUUUUGUUUGUUGUUUUCUUUUGACUUUCAUUGGAAGCCAUAUGCAUCCAUUGAAAAUGUGUUUUUGUUGACAUUGAUGAUAAGAUCUUAUGUAUCAUAAUCUGAAUGGUGUGGGCAAAUUUUUGUUGGUUAAUAGGUGGUUUACUGUGGCCUUGGUUACCAAUUGUGCAUUGCAUUUUUGUAUGUUAUCUUUGAAGUAAGGGGGGUUGUAUUAUAUAAUCCAAUCAAAAAUAUGUAUAAUCUAACAAUAAAAGACGCAUUGUGCCUUUGGGGCCAUUUUCCCCCAGAAAACCCAUUAAAACAUGUUUGUAAUUUGA